UACUGAAGUAGCAACAUGCCAACUAGCGUUAGCUACUUUCUGACAAUACGUCAUUUGCGUGCGUUGUUUCUUAAUCUUAGUUUUGGUCAAAUGCUAUCCAGUGAAAUAACUCCGCUUUAUGUCUAGAACCAUCGUGGCGCUGUCGAUGAAUUCUGCUGCUAAGUUUUAGCCGCCCACGCUAGCCACGUUAGCUUCGACCGCUAGCACUGCAAGUAUAUAAACGACCACAGUUGUGCUGUUUAUCCACAUGGGUCUGCAUUUUUGUGAGCAACUACAUGUCUUUGCUCGCCCCGCUAGCUACUUCUCAUAAGAGAUUAUUGUAUUUUAGUAAGCGUUGCUCGCUGUAGAGUUCUCCAUUAUGUCAAAUCAGCUAACUGCAGAGCAGUUGUUAAGGAUUGAGGAAAACAGAAAGAGGGCUUUGGAGAGAAGAGCUCAGAGACUUGGACAGACUACCAGUAGCAAUAAGCAGACCUCGGGGGUCUCCAACAGCACUUCUGGACAGGCGCAGCCCCCUAAACAAAGCACUGCUACCUUUAUUCAUCACAGAGAGACACCCAGCUCAGUCCCUGAACCGAAGCGGUUUGUCCCACCCUUUAAGAAGGACUCACAAGGCCUCCAUAGCCAGAAUCAUGGCCAAAAUCAUCAGAAUUUAUCUAGAACUAACAGCCAAAGCAACCACAAUAACCCGUUUAGCCCUCCUCCUACAAGACAGGCUCAAGUCAUUGACCCACUUCCUCAGACAACAAGUCAACGUGUGAGCAGUCCUGUCUUGUCGAGCGGAGGAAGCUUUGGUAUGAAGCCAGCUCAACCCAAGCCUAACCUCACCUCAAACAGCUCUGGUGGAGCAAUUGGCUCACUCUACAAGCAAACUAGUAAAGCUGCCCACAGCCCCGUAGCACAGCUUCCUCCAAACUCCUCAACUAUAAAUGGAGCACCUGCGAAGAAGCCUGCCAUCUCUGUAAGAGGAAAAUGUGUAUCUCACACAGAGGGACGCUUCAGAAUAGAAGUGGGCUAUCAUGCAGAGCUUAUUGCUGUUUUCAAAUCUCUCCCCUCAAAGAACUAUGACCCUGCUACAAAGAUGUGGAAUUUCAGCCUGGAGGACUACCAACAGCUAAUGGAGGAAGUGGCUUCUAUCCCCUCUGUGUCUUUGAGGCCUCUGGAGGGAAUGGAAGCACUGGACGUUGCUGCAGCCACUAGCCGAGCUCGUGACGGUGCAGCACUGGGGGCGCUGCUGAAGCUGUGCAAUGGCUGGCAGAAGCCUGGUGCCACGCUGCACGGCCAGUGCAUCCUGGUGUCUCAGACGAGGUUUGAGGUUGAUGUCGGUUACAAUGCCGAUGUCAUUGCAGCUUUCAAGCAGAUGCCAACGAAGAGCUAUGACAUGAAAACAAGAAAGUGGAGCUUUGCACUUGAGGACUACAAGAGACUGGUGGAUCUUCUUAGUGGGAUAGCAGCAGUGGAGGUGGAGCCUCUGCCCAGGGCAAUAGUCCAGGCCUUCUCUGCCAGCUUUGACGGAACUGAAGCCAGGUCUUUAGAUGUCCCUGAGGCAGACCUCUCCGGCAUCGACCCCUCGCUCACCCACAGCCUCAUGCCCUUCCAGAGGGAGGGAGUCAAUUUUGCAGUGUCCAAACAAGGCCGCCUCCUUUUGGCUGAUGACAUGGGCCUUGGAAAGACAGUGCAAGCCAUCUGUAUAGCAGCCUACUACAGGAACGAGUGGCCUUUGCUGGUGGUGGCUCCCUCCUCAGUGCGGUUCACCUGGGCCGAGGCCUUCAGACGCUGGCUCCCCUCCCUGACUGCUGACAACAUCAACGUGGUGGUGAAGGCCAAAGACAGUCUACGCUCCGGCCUGGUCAACAUCAUCAGCUACGACCUCCUGAGCAGGAUGGACAAGCAGCUGCCAGGAAACCCCUUCAGUGUUCUCAUUAUGGAUGAGUCUCACUUUCUGAAGAACAUGAAGACUGCUCGCUGUAAAGCAGCCUUGCCUCUCCUGAAGGCAGCAAAGAGAGUGAUUCUUCUGUCUGGGACCCCCGCCAUGUCCAGACCCUCUGAGCUGUACACCCAGAUCCUGGCUGUCAGGCCGUCACUCUUUCCUCGCUUCCAUGAUUUUGGGCAGCGCUACUGCGAUGCCAAACAGAUGGCCUGGGGUUGGGACUACUCGGGCUCCUCUAACCUUGGAGAGUUGAAGCUGUUGUUGGAGGAGUGUCUGAUGCUGCGUCGUCUCAAGUCCGAAGUCCUCUCCCAGCUUCCCUCGAAACAACGCAAGGUGGUCACAGUGACCAUAGACGGUGUCAACACCCGCACCAAAGCUGCUCUGUCUGCAGCCGCCAAGCAGUUAGCCAAGGGAACCCACAACAAAAAAGAAGAGAAGGAGGCCCUGCUCAUCUUUUUUAACCACACAGCCGAAGCCAAGCUACAAGCGAUUAUGGAGUACAUCACAGACAUGCUGGAGUGUGGGAGGGAGAAGUUUCUAGUGUUUGCCCAUCAUAAGCUGGUCCUGGAUCAUAUUAGUGGUGAACUGGGAAAAAAGAAUGUCCCUUACAUCCGUAUCGAUGGGACCACUCCAUCAGCUGAACGGCAGCAGCUCUGUGAGAAGUUCCAGUUCUCAACCAAGAGCUGUGUGGCUGUUCUCUCCAUCACUGCGGCUAACAUGGGUCUGACCUUGCACUCUGCUGACCUGGUGGUCUUUGCCGAGCUGUUCUGGAACCCAGGGGUUCUCAUUCAGGCGGAGGACAGGGUGCACCGCAUUGGACAAACUUGCAAUGUGAACAUUCACUACCUGGUUGCCAAGGGAACUGCUGAUGAUCACCUGUGGCCGAUGAUCCAGAGUAAAAUGAACGUGUUAGAGCAGGUCGGCCUGUCUGAGUCCAACCUGUCAGACAAAGCAGUCAACGCCAGCUUCCACUCUAAGGAUCCAAACCAGAAGAGCAUCAUGGAGAUGUUCCAGCGGUCUUUCACCGCCGAUGAUGACAUGGACGAGGCCAUCCUACUGGAGGCUGCGAACGACUGGGAGGACUCCCCGUCUGAAAACAGCUGUGGUCAGCAGCAAGGCAUGCUGGGAGUGAGCCCCAGUAAAAGGAGUAUUAAAGACUAUUUCAGCAGAUGAUCGGGAGAUGUUGCUGUUGACGCCCGCUUCCUUCCCUCUUCGUUUUUAUCCGCCACAUCAUGACUGAACAAAACAGCCUUAAAUAAAGAUUUAUUUUUGCUUCUGAAAGAAAAUGAACAAUUUUUGAAUGUAGUUGCUCUUUGUCUUUUAAUCUUUCUGAAAAUGUAGCCUGACUGUUUGCAUUGGGAUGCCAUUUUUACAUUUCUAAUGAGUCCUAUCAAUCAGCAUGAGGAAGACGAUGUCAUUUCAGCUUCAUAGUAAAUGUAUAAGGCCUCGUAUUUAAUAACACUAACACUGGCUUCACAAAUGAUGCUGAUGUAUCUCCACACCUGUGAAGUGAUUCUGUCAUUAUUAACAUCCUGAGACCUGAACUUUUGUUUGAAAGGCAUUUUAAGUUUCUUUCACUCAGUGGGGAUAAGUAGAUCUGAUCAUUUUAGAAGCUCAUCCUUGUUUUGGAACAGGAAUUAAAUUUGACCAAAAAUAAUGUCCAGUAUCAACAAAUUCCGUGAAAUUUCAAAGAAACUACCAACAAUUUCCUAUUUAAACUUUCACAUAAAAAGUACC